AUGUCGAAUAUUGCAGACUACAACGAGACUCUGCGCAAAGUCUCAAACAGCCUCCAGAAUGCCCUAGACACCUUCGGGCCGUCUUCCCACCAGUAUCGGGCCAUUCUCGGGAUCUUAAAAGAGUGUCUACUGGAUAUUGAAAAUGAAAAGGCACGCACUCAGGCACAGGUGGUCGAUCCAGUCAUGCUGAGUGCCGCGAUGGGGUUUCUGAAAAUUGGAGAAUAG